AUGAGGGUGAAAUUUGGAACCUGUAAUACUCCCAAGCCAAGCUUCUUCGAUUUUGAGGGAAAGCAGAAAUGGGAGGCUUGGAAAGCCCUGGGAGACAUCAGCCCUCAUCAAGCUAUGCAGGAGUAUGUUGCUACGGUGAAAAAACUGGACCCCAGUUGGAAUCCACAGACAGAAGAGAAGAGGGGAAAGGAAAGCAAAACUGCAUUUGGAGGCCCUGUUGUCAGCUCAUUAUAUCAAGAAGAAACAAUCAGGGAAGAGGACAAGAACAUUUUUGAUUACUGCAGAGAAAACAACAUUGACUAUGUAACCAAAGCCAUUCGAUCAAAAAAAGUGGAUGUGAAUGUCACAGAUGAGGAGGGCCGGGCUCUGCUCCACUGGGCGUGUGACAGAGGACACAAGGAGCUGGUUUCAGUACUGUUACAGCAUGCUGCUGACGUUAACAGCCAGGACGGGGAAGGCCAGACUGCACUCCAUUAUGCUGCCGCCUGCGAGUUUUUGGACAUCGUGGAGCUGUUGCUGAAGUCGGGAGCCGACCCCACGCUCCGGGACCAGGAGGGCUGCCUGCCGGAGGAGGUGACAGACUGUAAAGCCAUCACUUCGGCUCUGCAGCAGCACACCGCCGGCAAGACCUAACCCCGCGGCGACGCGCGGCAGGGAGGACAGAGACGCUCUGCAAUAACACCCCUUCUUUUCCC